ACACAGCGUCAUUGUUGAGGUAGCAUUGAAAUCCUGGAUGAUUAACGUCACCUCCAUUAAGGCCACCUCCUAGUACAGGCACAGCUCUGACUUCAUUUCUGGUCUUUCUCAAACCACACAACACUUCUGCUGGGCUUCAGGUACAGAGAUUUGCUUUUGGAACAGCCGAGAAACAAGUGCUGCCUUUGCAUUUUAUAAAAGAUGUGUGAGACGCCGUGGUACAGACUCUUCAUUUUCCUAGCAUGUCUUAUGAAGGCUGCAGAAAUCCAAGCACAAUGUGCGAAACCUAGCGUCGGGGGAAACAGGGUUAUAGUUGAUGACCUGGGCCUGACGACGUAUCCAAAUGGUUCCACUUUAAUCUUCAAGUGUUCUAUUGGUUAUAAGACUGUGAAUUUAACAGCUUCCAAGACAAUAACCUGUGUUGGACCCGAGUGGACCAACCUGGACCUUACUUGCACAAAAAAGUCCUGUGGAUCUCUUCCUGAUUUGUCCAAUGGAAAGUAUACUUUUCCAGAUGGAAAUCUGUUUGGUGCGACAGCCAUCGCAGUAUGUAAUGAAGGAUAUAUGAUGGUUGGAGUAAAUACUAGAAAUUGUCAUGACAGUGGAUGGGAUGGAAGAGACCCUGUGUGUGAAGUGGUGAAAUGUUUGCCACCUCCCACUAUGCAGAAUGGAACUUUUCAGCCAGUGAAAGAUUUCUACAAUUAUAAUGAAGUAGUCACAUACACUUGUACUGACGGUUACACUCUCGACGGAAAUUCAGAAAUAUCCUGUUCUAACAAUGGAACCUUUCAACCUCCUCCUCCUCGGUGUGUAUUUGUGCGGUGUGAGACACCCGACAUUAAAAACGCAGUUCGAAUCGAAGGGAAAUCACCACCCUAUGGAUACGGAAAUUUUGUCAAAUACAAAUGCAAUGAGGGGUACACAAUGAUUGGAGCUGAUAACCUGGUCUGUGAAAUAAACGGAUGGAAUCCACCUCCCCCCACUUGCAUCCAGCAAUGUACGAAACCUAUCGUUGGGGGAAACAGGGAAAUGGUUAAUGACUCAGGCCUGCAGACGUACCCAAAUGGUUCCACUAUAACCUUCAAGUGUUCUACUGGAUAUCAGCCUGUGGAUCCAUUAGCUUCCAGGACAAUGACCUGUAUUGGACCCGAGUGGACCAACCUGGACCUUACUUGCACGAAAAAGUCCUGUGGAUCACUUCCUGAUUUAGCGAAUGGGAAGUAUACUUUUCCAGAUGGAAUUCUGUUUGGUGCGACAGCCAUCGCCGAGUGUAAUAAAGGAUAUUCGCUCGUAGGAGUAAAAACUAGAAAUUGUCUUGAUGCUGGAUGGGAUGGGAGAGACCCUGUGUGUGAAGCGGUAAAAUGUUUGCCACCUCAGACUGUACAGAAUGGAACUUUUGAGCCAGUGAAAGAUUUCUAUAAUUAUAAUGAAGUAGUCACGUACACUUGUAGUAAUGAUUACACUCUUGACGGAGUUGACUCAUUGACCUGUUCUGAUAAUGGAACGUUUCAACCUCCUCCUCCUCGGUGUACAAUUGUGCGGUGUGAGACACCCAACAUUAAAAACGCAGUUCGAAUCGAAGGGAAAGCACCACCCUACGGAUACGGAAAUUUUGUCAGAUACAAAUGCGAUGACGGGUACACAAUGACUGGAGAUGAUUACCUGGUCUGUGAAAUACACGGAUGGAGUCCACCUCCCCCCAGCUGCACCCGUAGCCAAGUUGCACCCACCACACCUCCACCAUCAAACAGUACCCAAGUUGCACCCACCACACCUCCACCAUCAGACGGCACCAGUGUAAAAUCCAGCAUAAUAAUAAUAGCUGUUGUCGUAUCCAUUGUUGUGCUUCUAGCAGGAAUUCUUUUAGCAGUGUUUUUCAGCAGAAAGAAAGAGAUAAAAGAACAAGCAUUCAGACUGAUGCCAAAAUGACUCAUAAGGAACUCAUAAGUGACGUCAGCCGAUGAUGGAGCUCUUCUUCGUCUGUGUCCGGAAAAGCUGUUUUCAGCAUUUUUCCUGAUCGUCAGAGAUUAGAAGUUAAUUUGCACUAUGUUCUAUUUUUAAUACGAUUUUAAAAUAUAUUCUUUGAAGCAUCUGUACAAAUUUAAAGUGUAUUAAAUUUUUGGAGAUAUGCAGUAUGUGGGUUUAAGUUAUUUCUAUUAUUUCUAAUAUUUUUGAAUUAUUUUUGAACAGUUCAGUUCAGUUCAGUUUUUACUGCAUAGUUAUAUGAUAUUAAAAUCCAGACUGAGUCACUGCCUUUAGUACAGAAAUCAGCAGGCAAAAAUUUAUUUAAAAUUUAAACAUGGUUUUAGUUGAAAUGUUUGUUUUUUUUUUUUUUUUUUUUUACAUUUUGAUUAUUAACAAUUUUUUGUUUUUUAUUAAUAGACUAAAGAUUGUGUUCCUUUACUAGAUGAACCACUAUCAGCUUUUUUCGUAUGCCAUCCUGUUUAAAAUUAGCUAAUGUGCAUAAAAAUGCAUAGAACGGAGAACUGAUAUUAUUCUGUUGUAUGUUAACGUUUAGGAAAUCAAAUCAUUGAAAUCAAUUGCGAAUAUUAUGAAAGUAUUGACUUUCUCUUAAAGUGCAAUAAUGGAAAAAUUUUUCAAAUGCUAACCAUUAGUUCGAAUAUUAACAGACUUUGAUUUUGUAUGGCCAAAAGUUUGUGGACGUCCCGUUUUAUUCUAAAACUAGGAGCAAUAAUAUGGAGUUAGAUACACCGAAGUCAGUAAUAAAGAGAGGAGUCUCCACAUACUUUUGGCCAUAUCGACUGUGUUUGUCCCCGAAUGUUUUCCAAAUACUAGUUUGCGAAUCAAGUUAGGCGUUGGAAUUUUGUAGCUACAGUAUUUUAUUGCGUAUGGGUACGAAAUAUGUUCAUUAAUGUAACCUAAAAACAUUGAAUGUAACUCUUUCUGGAAGGACUCUUUGGCUGUGUAUGUUUUUUAUGUUAAUUAUGACUACUGAUUCAUUUGUUUCUUAAUUUAUUAUUAUAUUAUUCCAAAUGCAAGAUGUGUUGAAUAAAGCAUCUGCAAGUUUG